AUGCCAGUACAGUAGUUCGUAUUACCUCGCUAGAGGAACACGUCGGAGUACUUCCCUGUCAUCAUGCACCAUGCUUACGUAUCCUUCGCUGUACUUCUCGCUGUUUGUGCUGGUAAAGUUAGCGGAGAUCAGCUAAUCUACUCCGACAAUGCUUUGGAGGGCGAGUGCAUAUUUGUCAACGCUACCGAGAACAGCUCUUUCUGGCUGGAGAAUCCUAAGCCAUUCGGCAACGCAACAGGCGGAAUUCGCUUUGACAUCGCUGGGAAUCAUCCUGAUUUAUCGCUCCAAAUCGGCUCUACGAUCGAUUGGGCAGCGUCCCAACGUAUCAAAUUGUCCGAUUUGGUAUCCUUGCAGUCUCUCUCUCCGAAUGAGUUCACCACAGUAUUCUUGGAUUUCAGCACCAUUCAAAUUCCCUACAGUCCUUCAUAUCCUACCCUUCCAGAUUCUUGGAACAUUGUCCUAUUUAUGGCCUUCACUGAAGGCGGUGCAGAGUACUACUUGGAUAACAUUGUUCUCGUGGAGUAAAUCACAGAGCGAUCUGCGAGGGAGCAUGCGGUACUUGCGGUUGCCUUGAAGAGAGAGGAUAGUCUACACGAUUACUG